AAUAACAAAGUCGUACGAAGCUGAGAUCCAGAGUUUUGAAGAUGUGGUCGCCUCUGUCUGUAAGCCGAUGGAUAUUUCUGCUCACGCUGGCCGUUGUCAUGGUCUUAUCGGCGUCUCAAGUGGACUCGUUUGGUCCGGUGGUGGAGCUGCCGUGCUGUCGCAACGUCAGCGCCAGAAAAAUACCGAGAAUCAAAGCGUGCUUCGAACAGAAACCACGAGAGGGCUGCAGACAGCACGCCUUCCUGGUUACGAGCAAGCGAGGCAAACAGUGGUGCAUCGAUCCAACCGCCAAGUGGCUCAAAGACAAGAUAACGAGGGGAGAACUCGACUGUCCUCCAGAUCUGUCGAUAUUAAACGAAGUUCUGCCAUUUAACGAAGCAUGAAGGCGACACGGAGCCACGCUGAGAACAUUUACUGCCUCUUCACUAUUUAUUCCUUUUGAAUAAACGUCUAUUUAAAGUAAAAGUUAUUUUUUUAUUUAAUUUUGAAAACCGUUCCAAAAAGUAAUUUAUUAUUUUACCUCACUUUGAGAAGCAUUUGUUGUGGUGUUGUUGUUAACUUGUUGUCAGGAGAUCAUA